AGGGCACACGGGGAGGAGGGAGGGAGGCGUGCGCGCGUGCGUGCGUGUGUGCGCGUCCGCGUGUGCGUGUGUUGCACGGGGAGGGUGAGGAGUUGAAAGCGCCGUCCAACACGUGAGGCUCAUGUGACGGUGUCGAGUCUGGUGUCUCCAGCCGGAGAGAGACGUGCCUGCAGUCACAGGGUUUAUUUAACACGUAGUCAGAACCCACCCCGCUCCCUCACACGCUCAGCCGCGCGCGGAUCCUCCCCACACCGACCAGCGAGCCCGGACCUUUCGGGCGGCAACAACUGCGCACUGCCCCAAAAAGACUCGCAGCGCACAGCGGGGGGAACAACAACACAAGAAAACGCACACGCGCGCCGGAUAACAGGAGAUACUAUUUUUAUUUUUUGUGUGAUUUUUUUAAUUUAAAAAAAAAAAAUCUUUCUUCCUCAGUUUGGAAGUGCGUUUCGAAGAGAUAUACAUUUGGAACAUUUUUUGGAGGCUUUUUUUCUUGUUUCUUCUUCUCCCCCCCCCCCCCCUUCCCCAAACCCCCCGAAAAUUCUUCACGGUUGAGCAACAUGGAGAGGAUUACCAGCGCGCAACCACCGCCGUCACUGGAUAUAGCCGACAUGCAAGGAAUCGAUUUCUCCAUGUAUAAACCCAGGAGGGGCGUGAAGCGCGGGGAUGACAGCAAGGAGACUUACAAGUUGCCCCACCGGCUGAUCGAAAAGAAAAGGCGCGACAGGAUCAACGAGUGCAUCGCCCAGCUGAAGGAUCUGUUGCCGGAGCACCUCAAGCUCACGACGCUGGGUCAUUUGGAGAAAGCCGUGGUGCUGGAGCUCACGCUGAAGCACGUGAAGGCCCUGAGCGGCGUCCUGGAGCAGCAGCAGCAGAAGCUCAUGGCGCUGCAGAACGACCCGCAGAUCGGCGAUCGCGGCGGCGACGCGGAGAGCAGCGAGGAGAUGUUCCGCUCCGGCUUCCACCUGUGUGCGAAGGAGGUCCUCCGCUACCUGACCAGCCAAGAGAGCAGCAGGGACCUGACCCCCUCCCACGUCAUCGGCCACAUCCAAAAGGUCGCGGCGGAGGUCCUGCACCACCAGAGCGGGCCGGACGACUCCGCCCCUCAAGCGUCGGAGAUCGCCAAGAAGCAGCACGCCGGCGAGCCCAAGCGGGCGGCGUCCGACGGCACCGCCAAGAACUGCGUCCCCGUCAUUCAAAGGACUUGCCCCCACGCGGCGGGGGGGGAGCUGAGCGGCAGCGACACGGACACCGACAGCGGCUACGGCGGCGGCGAGCACGACGCCAAAGCCCAGUGGUCAGAGAGCCACGCCAAGGAGGGGGAGCGCAGGCGCGCCGCCGCGUCCGAGGCGGCCGCCGCCAUCAAGCUGGAGGGCGACGAGCCGCGGGCCAAGAAGUCGAGGGCCGACGCCUCCUCCUCCUCGGACGAGGUUCUCUCCGGCCGCGUGGCGGGAGGCCCCGGCGGCUACAUGAGCUUCGGCCCCAACCAGCCGCCGUUCUGCCUCCCCUUCUACCUCCUCCCCCCCGCGGCGGCGGCGGCCUACCUGCCCAUGCUGGAGAAGCACUGGUACCACGGGGGCCUGCCGCUCAUGUACCCGGGCAUGGGAUGCUCCGCAGCGGGCGUGACCCCGGAGACGACGGCCAUGUCCCCGGGGGCGGGGUCUCCGGCGUCCUACCAGAACCCCGCGGACUCCCCCGCCCUGCACAGAGCUCUGAAGCAGCUCCCCCCCCCGGUGAACCCGGAAACCAAAGACUGAGCAGACGUGUUUCCGUUGGAGUCUUGCCCUCUGAAUGUUGAUGUGGUUGAAGAAGAAAAAAAAAGGGUCUCCCCCCCCCCAACAAAACAAAAAACCCCAAAACAAGCUCUGGUAUCCCUUAAAACCACGGCCCAUCAGAACAUUGCCCCCCCCCACACACAAGUCAACGACCCCAAGAGAGUCACUGUCGCCUGUCAUCGGCCCCUCGCACACUGAAACCAGACUUUUAGGGGUGUCCUUGAGCCCCCCCCCCCCCUUGUCACACAGCUCUGAAACACUGUGAAGAAAAUCCGUUGAAAAGACGAUGAGGAAGCGAGACGGUCGCGAGUGUUUUUAUUUUGUUUUCCAGUGAGCUCUGUGUCGACUGCCCGAGGUAAACACAGAAUGUAAGCUCCUCCCUUUCCCAUCCCCCCAAAAUAAUUAUUUGGACCUACUUAGUUUUGCACACACACACACACACACACACUGUAUUGAAUGUAAAGAUUGAACAAAAGUCCCUCGUAGAUGCUGCUCGAAUGAUUUUUUUUUCGACCUGCGGUGGAAUCCGUGAACGGAGGAUCCACUUUUAAGUGUUUGUGGCUCAUUGAGGCAAGAAUGUUCCACAAAAAAAAAAACACAACAAAAAACAACAAUGUUGAUGAGAGACGUCACAAAGGACGCUCGAGGCCACGACGACCUCGCGGCCGAGAGGUGAACUGUGUUCCCGGCGUUGUGUCACGGCACCGGGUGUGCCGCUCGUCGUCUAUUUGAAAAAACGAAAAAAAAUGACAGUGAUUUGGCCGUGCUUUUUCAACGAUUUUUUUUAUUUGUGACUCACGACUGUUUGUGCAUCUGGAUGGAGUCCCUCCCCCCUCCCCCGUGAAGUCAUCACGUCUUGUAAUCACUAUAAUAAUUAUUUUUUGUUGUUGCUUCUGCUUAUCGCACAUCUCUAUUUUUGAUACAUGACCCUCCGAGUGUAUUGGCGUGACGGCCAGAUGAAGGUUGAGCCCCCCCCCCCCCCCGUGCCGCGUGACAAGAUGAAAGGUGUGCGGUGGCGUGGCGCGCUCAACCAGAUUUGCAUCUCGCCCACAAAAUUCCCAGUCAAGUUAAGGCCUGAACUUUAACUCAUGCUGUUGCCUUUACUCGGACGGACGCACAAUACACACACAGACACACACACACACACACACACAGACACACACGCGGCGAUUAGCAGGUGUUUCAAUGUAUUUUUUGCUUUAAUUGUCGUGUCUGUGGCAGAGUGAAUGUAAAGUUCAAAGAAAAAUAAUAGUUUUGUAUAGCGAGAGAGAAAGAGAGGUACUUGGGAUUUUUAUUUUGAAAUGUAACAAAAAGGUUGUUUGUUGUACAUAUUUUGUAUAUAAAGUAUUAUUGAUAUAUAUUAAAAUAUUAAUAAAG